AUGGCUGGGGGAAGGAACACUACAGCAGUUACGAAGUUCAUUCUCUUAGGAUUCUCUGAAUUUCCAAAGCUCACCAUGGUCCUCUUUUCAAUAUUCCUAGGGAUCUACCUCAUGACAGUGUCCUGGAACCUGGGCCUCAUCACACUCAUCAGGGUGGACUCCCAUCUGCACACACCUAUGUACUUUUUCCUCAGUAACCUGUCCUUGCUGGACAUUUGCUAUGUUUCCACUAUAGCACCCAAGAUGCUCUCGGAUUUCUUCAAGAAGCAGAAAUCCAUCUCCUUUGUGGGGUGCACUGUGCAGUACUUCUUCUUCUCUAGCCUGGGUUUGACUGAAUGCUGUCUUCUGGCAGCCAUGGCUUAUGACCGAUAUGCUGCCAUUUGUAAUCCUCUGCUCUAUACCGCCAUCAUGUCGCCCACCCUCUGUGUGCAGAUGGUGGCAGGAUCUUGUGUAACUGGAUUCUUUGGCUCAUUUAUCCAACUCUGUGCUUUACUUCAGCUCCAUUUCUGUGGGCCAAAUGUCAUCAAUCAUUUCUUCUGUGAUCUUCCCCAACUGCUAAUCCUAUCCUGCUCUGAUACCUUUUUCUUUCAAAUCAUGACCUCUGUUCUCACAGUGAUCUUUGGACUCACAUCUGUCUUGGUUAUCAUGAUAUCCUAUGGUUACAUUGUUGCAACCAUUCUGAAGAUCACAUCAGCUGAAGGCAGGUCCAAGGCCUUCAACACCUGUGCUUCUCACCUGACAGCUGUGACUCUUUUCUUUGGCUCAGGUAUCUUUGUUUAUAUGUAUCCUAACUCUGGUGAUUCCCCGAGCCGAAACAAGUUGGCAUCAGUUUUAUACACUGUUGUAAUCCCCAUGCUAAAUCCAUUGAUCUACAGCUUGAGGAACAAGGAAAUCAAAGAUGCCCUCAACAGAUGGAAGAAGAGAAUCUUUUUCUGUUACUAA